ACUGGGAGUAGUGGGAGGUGUGCUGUGCUGCCUGCUGGUAAUGUCAAUGUGCCUGCUACUCUGCUAAAGCUAUAAAAGCUAAACCGACUCCCAACUGACUGACUAGAACUAAGAUAAUUUGGUUUUUCGUUUCAGAUUUGUGCUUGGCAGUCGUAACGAGGGACAAAGAUGCUUAGCUCAGCCUUAGUGAAGAGGACAAUGAGUCCUAACAAGCCUGUUGGCAUAGUUCGACAGCAUAGGGCCUUAGAAGAUAUAAGCAACUUUGAAUGUGUGCUGCCAAAGAUUCAAGAGGAAAAUGGUUGUGAUGAGAUGGGAACAAGAGGACGUGCAAUGGAAACCACACCUAGCAGUAGAACAACGUAUUGUCAGACGCCUACUUCUAAAAACACCAAAACCUCUGAUGCUCACAAACCUACCAGUUCAACACCCUUAUCAUCUCGACGACAGCCCACACCAAAAACCCCCAAGGUCAUCCCGCGCAAUCCAUUUUGCACUGAUGCUGAUGUAUCUAGGUUGCAAUUGCCGAUCUGGAGUCCUAAUGUGUUCAAUACCGUUGUAAGUCCAACCAAGAGCCUUGAUGGUGAUAAUUUUGACUGGCCCAUUGAAGAUAUUUCUCGGAUGAAGCCAGUAUUAAUAGAUGAAGACCCUGAGCACCUAAUCCCUCGUGAAGACCCAGAAACUGAGUCUAAAAUUGAGAAUGCUCUGGCCACGUUUUGGAACGGAGAGACGCAAAUCGUGCCCAGUCCUUGGCAAGAGAAUGGGAAAGUAGUCAAAUACGCAAAAACUUUCUCUGCUGCAUGCAAGGAUGCGGCAUCUCAAACAAUGCUCACUCUGCCUCCAAUUUUGCCUCCUGAUUUGGAAAACGCACUGAUGCCAUAUCUUAACAGAGAUUCAGGGAUUCUUGUUAGUCCAGAGUCUAUGCUGGAAGUACAUAAUGAGAGUAAUGAAUCAUUUUCUUCGUCUCUUUCUCAAUGUGGACUCAGGAGAAAGCUCUCAUUCAUGAUGGAGGAUAAUACAAAUUGCCCCUCAAGCCCGAUUGUGAGCAUGGCAACCUCUAAAGGGCUAUUAUCUAGAACUGACAAGGACUCCAGUGUCCUUCGAUCUCCAACAAUGUCUCCAAUCAAAAGCUUGUCUGCCAGUCAGGAAGAGAGAGAUGGUAACAUGAGCCUUGAUCUCGGCGAACAAGUUGCCAACCAUCAGUCAUAUGGAGUUUCGCAUUCUGGAGCGUCAUUCCAGCCUCUUGUUGCGUUUGAUGACCAAACAAUGGAUAGUCUCGCGCCAGGGCAUCUAGGUUUCCAAGGCCAGUCAACAGACCACGGCUACCUUACAGAGACGAGCAGCAUCAACUUUGCCCACCACUUCCAUAGCCGUCUGCCUGAUUACACUCUGCCUUCAGAGCCAUGGGUGCCGCACUUGGGUUCAUCAACUCCAAGCAGUCACUGAUUUUUGCUUUUUGACCACUGCCGUUUUAAGGUAGAGUUUUCUUGUUUCAUAUCAUUUUGAUGCUCAAUGCUGGGAAAAUUAAGCCCUCUAAAAACAAGAGAUAUAUAUUGAGCCCUGAUGGUUCAAGUGAUUCAACUCUUGUUGGAAAUGCAAUCGACAACAUGUCUGUUUAAGAAAUGAAAAUUAUACACAUAUAAUAAUCAUGAA